AUGAAAAGUCACAUCUUGGCUGUAAAGCAGGAGAGUCGACCCAUGAUCGAAGGGGCGAAUUCAUUGCUGAAGCGCAAGAGAGAGACCAAGACAAAAGAACAACUCUUUAAGGUAUUCACAGCGCAUUUUCUGGUCUCGGACGAAGAGUUAGAUGUUCUGACCAACCCAGCGGUCGAGAAUGACGAGCGACUCUUCGUGGCACUGGCCAGAGUCAAGAAGGUCCACGCCGACUGCUCCGUGCUAUUGGUUUACAUGAAUCUGCAAUCCCGAGUCGACAUCACGGUGCGGACGGGCCGUGAUCCCAUGCUAACCUUUAAGUUUUUCAAUCUGCUAGACUUCCAUCGCGGCAUCCUUGCCCAGUUGCAAAGCUGUCGGGCGCAGACGCUACAGGCUUCGACACUCAUGUUCUCUGAGACCGCGCUGAAAGAGGAGAUCUCUGCCGCAGUGGCAUCAACGGACGCUGAAGCAGUGCAAGAACUCACUCCGCCAGCUUUCCUCGCCACUGUAUUGUCGCAAUUCAGCAAGGUCUGUCGCGUGAGGGGUCCACGAACAGCGGAUGUCGAACUAGAGCGCCUGUACACCGUGAUGCUAAGCGGAAUGGCCAGCGCUUGCGGCGAGACGGCUGCUCGGAUCACAGACACUCGACAACGCACGAUAUACCAGAUAAAUUAUAUGACAGCGUUACGAUCGGCCUUGGUGAAAAUGAUAGCGUAG